ACCUUCAUCGUCCGAAUCCCUCUCUUUCCCUCUUCAUUCUGCUCUAUAUAAAGAGUCGGUUAUUAAAUUAGAAUUUUGAUGGGACACAGACCUCGGUCGAUUCGGUUCUUGCUUGCUCCUUUGCAUGAAAUAUAGAUUUCCAGUCAUGAAGAAUACGAUUUCUUUCAUUUUGAUAGGAGCUGCAAUGAUUGUAGGCUGCUAUUGCGGAUGCAUUAGAAGAGGGGUUGAAUGUAUAGAAUAUCAAGUUGUAAGCAGGCAUUUGGGAUAUGAAGAAAGACAAUAUCCGGCCACUGCAUGGGUGAGUACGUCAACUGAAGGCCCUUCCCUGUCUGAAGCCAAUAGAGAAAUGUAUAAGAAGCUCUUUGGUUACAUACAAGGACAUAAUGUGAAAGGGAUGAAGAUGAAUACAACGACUCCUAUUCGCACCCGCAUAGUACCUUGCCACGGGGCUACAUGCGCUACCAUUUUCAUUAUGUCUUUUCUCAUUCCUGCUGAUAUGGCCGAAACUGCCCCCUAUCCUCUGGACACAGCCCUCUUUAUUGAAAAGGAUCCCCCGAUGCGUUAUGCAGUCAGAGUCUUCGAAGGCAGAGCAACAGAAACUGAUUGGCUGGAGGAAUCGCACAAAUUGGCCGAAUUGGUGAAAAAAGACAUCAGCAUAGAUAAAAGCUACUACUACACUGCUUGGUAUGAUCCUCCCUACCAACUUUUCCAUAGAAUCAAUGAGAUUUGGAUGGUGAAAAAGACGGAAAAGCAACCGAGCCCAAAUGCAGGAAACGAGCAGAUCGUUCCGGAAACAAAAGAUCACAAGUUCGAAAACUGAAAAACUGAUAUCGCUAAUGAAUACAACUACAUACAAAUUUUCAACAUUUUUCGUUGAAAAGAAAAAAGGAUGCGAUGCUUCUUUUGUGUUGCAUAGAAAUCAGAAGGAAUUUUGUAUAUGAAUUUCUUGCAACAGAAAUAUUUAGUAAGAUGCAACAUCAAGACUUUUCAUUUCUUUUAAUUUAUUAUUCAUCAUUUAUAUAACAGAAAAUAGUUCUCGCAGUUUGAUCUUGAUAUAAUCGAAUCAUAUUCUUACUCUUCAAAACAUAUCAAGGUUUUUCUCUAUCUUCUGAGAUGUGUUAUUUACUGAAAAUUUUCUUAGC